AUGGCUCUUUCGCAAUCCACAAGGCAAAGAAAAAAGCUAUUAAUACAGCAAGAAAGGUUUGGGUUUAAGCCACCAUCUGCCGCCGAUAAACAAGAUCCAACCCAGCCCAGUCGCAACCACAACAAGGCUAGAGAGGAGGCCACACAGCGAGAUGUGAGAGAUGAUGGAUGUCAAGACUCUGACCAUGAUCAGUUGGAGAACGGUGCUCAUGCAAAUCACACGGAAUACGAUGAAGAUACUUAUCGCAGUGGAGACGACAACCCCACGCAAGACCAAGAAGAUGAAGAAGAUUCCAGGGAUGAUGAAGAGGAUCCGGAUUUCCGUGACCUGUUGCCAACUGAGACAACGACACCCAAGAUGAUAAUGAACGUGAUGGUUCUGGUGUUUUUGAUGUCCUUCAAUGUCACCACGCGAAAAAUGGAUGGUGCAAGGCUCCUUCCCCGACUCGUCUAUCAAGUCCUCCUAGCCAACAUUCACCUCAAUAUGCAUCUCGUUGCCAAUCACUUGAAAGUUCACGUAUUUCGUCCGCUCAUUUUGAACCUUCUCAGUGCACCCCUCAAAGCUGUACUCACCCAUCCAGUUCCUGAGCACUUGGACGCGCAAAACUCACACGAGAAGUCCUGGAUGCAUAGUUAUGGACUUAUCACUCGAAGAAGAUCAAAUUGGAAAAGGCUCUGCGACAACUUGUUCGCCUUCCGUACGGAGCUCAAGAAAGUUAUAAUCUCAAUUGCGAAACAACUGUACAGUAUUUUCCCAAAAAGCAGCUCAACACGCAGGGAAGCGGCACAGAAGCACAUUACUGAUGUAGCGUCUAAGUUGAUCAAGUCCGGUGAAUAUCUUCAAAUUCCUAACUCCUCUGAGGGCAAGUAUAAGAAUUUCGUCUCUCAGGUUCUCAAGGAUGGAUGCCACAAUUUCUACUACAGCAAUGGCAAAAAAGCGCUGAAGUUGACUGACAAAUUUCAACGCUCGAUUCCUGUCAACAGUCUUAUUCUUGUGGCUGCGUCUCAACAGACGAAGGGUGUUAUAAGCGGCUUCCACGAUACCGGUACAAACAAGGUCCCUGACCUGUCCGCCGACAAAUGCAGCACUGAGCGUCGUCAAGAGCUUGACAAGAUGCUAGAGGAAUGGGCUGAGUAUAGAAUGAUGGAUGAGCUUCAGGAUGAUUCGGAUGGUGCCUCCGGCAGUGAGGACGUCAACAUUAUUCUGAAGCACUUUCAAACUGCAGUCUUACACCAUGGUCUAUACUAG